CUCUGUCAACGUCUCGGAUGACCAAAUUCAUCAAUCUUAACCAUCCCCUGUGGAUAGGUCAGGAGGAAAAGAGUUUUCCCGCUACGGGCGCUAGCCCCUACGAUCUACCCAAAGCGUCUCGCCUGCUUUCUAUCGGCGAUGAGAGCUCCGGUAUUGAUAAGAUUGUGAGAGCGGUUGCUGACAAUAUCGUUCACCAUGCGGUAGCCUAUGACAUUAGUUCCGGGUUCAUGAGAGACGCUCCGAUCCCAAGGACGGCGCUCUGGGCAACCGAAGAAAUAACGCAGAGGUUGGUUGAACUGAAGGCUUACGAGGCUGAAAAUGCGGAAUCUAGAUAUCAGGCCAAGGUUCUUAGGAAGGAGAGAGGUUCCUUAGCCCUAAUGCCACCAGAAUCAUGGGAUAUGUCCAAUUCGCAGGCCAAACGUGCCGGAUACCCUCCCGAAAUCGCAGCAGAGGCCCUUCUAAAGCUUUUAGAGCACGAUGGAUGGCCAAGGAAUGCAGUUGCUGCCAUUGGUAGGGAGGCCGGUAUUCGGCUAUUUAUCACGGAGUGUGGGAAGCUGGGUAUAGAUGCAAGGGAAUUGACGGUAGACAAUUGGAAUAGAGAUAUGGAAAGGGAGGGACGGAUACCCAUAGGAAGAACAGAUAUGCUAUUCGAUCCCAAGAUCAGGGAAUACUACAAAGAGCGAAAUGAGCGAGACGCCUGUCGGGAUAAAACCAUUGUUUGGGUUGCUACUUCGGCCUCUGCACGUGGGCUUGACGUCCCCGGGGUAUUCCAUUUAUACGUCUUACAUCGCCUCGAGAAGGCAAGAGAGUACAUUACCUAUUGUGGCAGAGUAGCUAGAUGGCCGUUCUCCACGCUCGGGGAGGACAUCAAGGAUCCAGGCGGUCUUGGAACCGGGGUGCGUCGGGGCGUGGGAAAGGUAGUAAGUCUACUGUUGGAAGACCAUGCAGUUCCAGCCUCUGGCCUCGAAGGUUCAUCCGUAGGGGAUCAGGUCAUUACGAAUGAUGGUUCGGACCGUGCGAAUUGGUCCUGGCUGGAGGAGGGAUUAAUGGUUGCGAAAAUUGGCUGUCACUUUCGGGACUAUUAUGCAAAAGCCGGCGAGUACCCUUGUGGACCGGAAGUGCGAAUGCCCGAACCUAUAAGGCCGAAGGCUCCUCCACCCACCCCGAGCCGUCCUUUCGAACUCUUCGAUGCCGCGCUCGGAUCCAGCCCCUUGCAAGAGCCAUCAUUCUCCCACCUCUGGAAAGAAUCGUCUUCUAAUCAGAUUCCCAGAGAUCUCCUCGAGUCGCCACUGGAGCAACCAAAGCAAGCAUCAGAAAAGAUCCAACCUGAGCCCUCGACCGACCUGUUAGACAUGUGGAGUCUUCCCUUCCCCGAUGGCUCUAGCAAACCUGCAGAAGAACUACAACAACAAACCAGAAGCCCCCACGACGACGGCGAUGAGGCCAACCUCUGGUCAGCUCUCAAAGAUCCCGCACCUCCACCACAGACCCCGGACUUCUCGUUAUUUAGAUCUCCACAAGAAGAUUUUAGAGCUGACCGGCGCCAUGUACAGGAAGGGGAAGCGGGCAAAUCACCCACCAGAGUCAACUACGUAGACGGUGGAUAUUGGGAACCCCCAACAAGGUAUUCUCGAGACCAAGGCCGUGAUCCUAGCAAGUCUAAAGUUCCAGAAAGGGUUUCAGCGUUCGACAUGGAUGCUGUCGGAAAACUCAACCUUAACCCCAAAUCUCCACGAGAAGAAUUCCGACCGGAUCUGAGGAGCGAUAGUGAGCGGAAACAGGAGGCAGAAAUGUUAUCGCUCAAAGGCGUAGACGCAAAAGAAGGAUAUCAGGAGCCACCGGGAAAACUUAAAGUACUCAUGCAUGGAUUCAAACGCAAUCGGGCGGGACGCCCAAGGAAAUUGAACCAGAAUUUGGAGGAUUUUGGCGGAACAUUAGUGCCGUUUAGUGAACCGAGGGAGGAACCUCCGGGGAGUGAGAAGGAAGCCAGGAAAGCAUCAGAGGAAGAGAGAGAGCCGUCGGAGGAAAAGAAGGCGUCAAAAGGAGAGAAAAGGACUAAGAAAAAGAAGACGACAAAGCCAGCAAAGGCCAAUGCAGGGACAGAAAAAUCAAAAAAGCCAAAAAAGCCAAAAAAGCCAAAAAAGGUUGCGAGGGGGGCGCCGAAACAGCGACUGAGUUCGGCAGAGGAGGCGAUAGACGUGCUUAAUGACUUGCUUGAGGAUGGAGGCAUGGGGCAGAUACAGGACACCGAAGCCGAGGACGAAGCAGGGUAGAUUCCACUUUUUUCUUUCUUUCUUUCUUUCAAUUUUCUCCCCUUUCUUCAUCUUUUCCCUUUUCUCCUUCUGUUGCAUACUCUCUUCCUUUACCUUUACCUUUCCUCUCUUUUCCAUUUCUGUUACUUGUUCCCCCUCCUCUUCUCCCCCCAUACGACCUUUCGACAUUUUGUCUUGAUUUUUUAAAGAUUUCUCGUAGACUCGUAUAAAGAGUUUAUGCGUAGUGGUGGGUGAGCGGGGUUCUGUACAUUAUGUGUGGCCGAUUGGUGGAGCUAGGACAGUUGGCAGCGACAACCGGACGAAGAAAUGGUAUCCCUCUGCUUCUGGAACAGUACCGAUUUCACACUUACCAUGUAUUAGUGGAUUUCACCAAUUGCACAUUUCUCAGGAUACGAAAUUGGUGCCUAGCCCCAAUCUAUCCUUCCCCGCGCUAUCCAUCCAUCCAUCUAUAGCGGAUGGAGUGCGGGCCGGCGAGCAACACCGCAUCAUACCGGGGUCCGAACAUAAGCCACCACCAGAACUCCCCCCCCCCAAAACGAAAAGAAAAUCCCCCCUCCACACACACAUACAUACACACACCUGCCAU